AAUAUUUUUCAGUUCGACAUUGUAAAUUUAAAAAUAUUUCAACCUUCGACUACAAUAUGGCAAUUUGUAUUGGAGUAAAAUUAAUACUUGUAACGUUGAUUAUAUAUGGAGAUUUUUCGGAAGGUAAAACUUGCGGAACUCCUCUGAAAAAGGACAUUGAAUGGAAUAAGCUUCCAAUGGGGCCUUAUUAUGAUGUUCUGGAUAUCCCCAGAUCACAAAAGCCAGUGGGGUGCUGGAAUAUUCAGAAUAUUACCGAAGAAAAAGAUCGCGUGGUUAUAGAUUUGGCAACAUUUUCAAGCAGGCAACUCAGCAUAUUACCUAUUCGUGUGGAGUUUUUCCGUACAAGAAAAAAUGGUGUAUACAAGAUCAAUAGAUUUAGUGAGUUGGAGUACAGAACGGCGUUUUAUCAUUUCAAUGUUGAUAGUAGCGUCGGAAUACGGAAGCUUGCUCGUGCGGAGGCUGCGGACCUUGCUCAACACGAAUUCAUAUUUUUGACUGACUACCAGACUUAUUUCAUGUUCGUUGGUUUUCAAAAAGAAGGUUGGAUAGCGUACGUAAAAGCGACCACACCACAGAUCACAGUCAGUCAAUUAAACGACAUAUCGAAUACACUAGUUGAUAAUGGAUUGAAAGCGUCGGUGAUGGUUUUAAAAAAUGAGUGUCUGAAUGAUGGCAAUCCGGGAAGUGGUGUUGUUAUUGUGUAAAAAUAUUUACGUGGCAUAUAUCAAAAUAUAGUUGUAAAUAGUCGGAAUGCUUCAACAAAAAUUAAUGUACCAUUUAUUUUUCGUCAAUCUUAUAAUAAGAUUUACAAAUCUUCAUUUGCUUUCAGUCACAGAGAAAAAGCAAGCAAAAAUUUUAGAAUGGGUCAUAUUAUCAUAAAGUAUAAACAAAGUGCAGUUACGAAAUAUCUACCAAAAUUAUUGCAAAACCCUAUUUGUGAACUUUAGAAAAUUUUUCAGUAGGCCUACGUAAAGUGUUAUCAAGAAAAAGCCUUUUUUUGUUAUAAUUGUACGUGCAUUCGUUGCAUAACUAUCUGGUAAAUCUUCUAGGAAUGACAUUAUUUGGUCGUACCGAUAUCAUACUUACAACCUCAUGUGUAUAUUCCUUAAUAUAUAGCUCAAUAGGCAUGCUGCAAAAUUUUUUUAGACUAGCACAAAAGUUUGUAGGGAAUAUUAGUAAUUUGCACAAAAUGAUGAUUCAGAUAGAUCUAAACUAGUCAAAAAACCUUUUCCUUAUUCGAAAAAAACUCACUUACCUAACACGUUUGUACCACAUAAGCUAAAACUCUAAUUGUCCCUUUAGCAAAAGUAUAACUCAUUUAACACGUCACUGUGAAUCUGUUUACGAUAGCGUCGAACUUCUAUAUAUAUAUAAGUCGUACGCUAUUGUAGCAGUGGGCAGUGACGGGUGAAGAGUGGAGUAAAGAAGUAAUCAGCAUCAACAAGGUAUUCAUAUAAUAUAAAAUAAAGAUAUCCUAGUUUUCUAAUUACUCGAUUUUCUUCAUGUGUAUUAUCUAUUGUAUUUAAAAUAGUAAAAUUAGGUAACGAUUCCGUUUCCGCUGAUAUGUACAAUGUCAAUUCUGAGACACGGUUGGCUUUGCCAUUGAAACAAAACUAUAUUCUAUUCUUUUAUGACUUCCCCAAUACAGUACUUUGGUUUUUACAGAAACACAUCUUCUUAGUAAGUCAAACAAAUAACACUUUGCAAAUUAAGCCCUAUUUUUAUCGUAGAGCCGUAGAGACACAAAGCAUAUAUAUGCUUCUUUUUUAAUUUGAGAGUAACCAAUGAAUUUCAUUUUUUCCUGUUGCAUGUUGGUCUGAAAAAAAAAAAUGCAUUCAAGUGGUAAUUAUACUGUACUAUAAGAGCAUCGUCCCAUGGCAGGAGGUUUUUGUUGAUCGCUGACUAGGCCCUUUUUUGUGUUGAUAACAACAAAAAUAUUUACAAAAUCUAUAGGUGGACGUUUAACGACCGAAAACUUUUGGGAAGGACAUAACUCUUGCUCAAUUUGAAUAUGCAAACAUUACUUACUGCUCGUGCGUGAUAAUUGAAUUAUAACAAUGUCCGAAUCUUGGUGUGUUAUUGGUCCCUUCUAAUAUAAAGUAAUCAAGACUUGGGGAAGGUGUCCUGUGUGACACGACAAAAAACUAAUAAAAUUAUUUAAAUACUUACUGUAAUUCAGUUGUGUCAGUUUUGUCGAGCUGGCAUUGAAAAAUAAAAUGAAGUAGCCUUUUAUAUCUUCUCUUAAAUGCGGGAUUCAUAGCGCCAUAUAAAAUAAAAUUUAGACAAGAGUUUGUUAACGCCAGCCACACUAAAAACUAAAAAAAUGUGUAUGGUAUUACAUAGCACAGGUGUUUGUAAGUAAUAGCAACAUAUCCAUUCAUUUACUUCAAUGUUUUUAUAUGAUUAGUUUGCUACGAGUACGUUGUUAGAAAACAUAUACUGCAACCACUACACAUAUGCUAGUAUUUGAAGUAAACGUUAAGAAAUGAUCGAUUUCUAUUGAAAUUCAAUAUUUGAACAAUUAAGCCUAUAUGCAAUCAUAUAAGAUCUAAUAAGUAAUGACAUCGUGGUGAUAACUCAUUUCAUGAUAUUAAUAUAGGUAAUUAUGUAGGCUACGUACGGUAACCGAUUAUUAAGUAAUGUACUGUUGAUAUGCAUAAAGAAGUGAUUCAAUUUUUGUAAUAAUAUCAUUUGAAUAUAGUUUAUAUCUUUCUUCAAUUUUAGAAAGGGUUUAAAUUAAGUUAAAGUCAGCCGUUAUUCAGAUUUCUCGAAAAAUAAAUUUUUUCUUCCUUCUAUUGUUUUCAUACCGUUAAUGUUUAGUAAAACAAACACACCUUUUUCAAGUGUGGCCUUAUAUCUCCUGGGUUUAUCAUAACAUGUAGGGCAUAUGGAGUCCAACACACAAAGAAUAUUACAACUGCAGUAAGCAAAGUGUAUGUGAGAUUUCUUUCUCUUCUAAGCGAAGGUUUUCUAUCAGAAUAAUUGGCCAAAGAUGUUGAACCCUUUUUCCUAAGGUUUCUAACCCAGCUUCUGUUUUUGUUCACUUUUCUAUAAAAUCAAAAUGAUGAGAUGUAUUUUCGCAAUGCUCUGUAUUAGAUAUUUUUAUUCAGUAUUUUAUUUCUUAUCUAUAUUAUUAAUUACUGUUAAAAUCUUUGAUAUAUUUUCACUACAAUAAAUUACAGAUUCGUUACAUUA